AUGCCGGCUCCUUCACCCGGCACAAAAAAUAACAUAAAACACCAAAAAAAGGAUGGGGAUGCAUUGGUUUCUUGUUGUGAGGUAGCUCUAGUAGGGACAUUCAAUGUCCGAACUGCUAGAGAAGGUUACAAGCGCCUUGAACUCGUGACUCAGUUUCUGGAGAGUGGCAUGGAGAUCCUCGGGAUCCAAGAACAUAGGAUUGUCCACCAGGAGCCGAUCAAGAUCGAACAGUUCAAGGAGGGGGUUAGCUUGGUAACUGUUUCAGCAUGGAGGAAUGGAGCAGGAGCAGCCACUGGUGGAGUGGGCUUUCUGCUGACUAGAAGAGCAUACAGCGCAAUCAGCCUCAUUAAACCCUAUGGCUCAAGGGUGCUGACUAUCUCUUUCAACGGAAAUCCCAGACUCACAACUAUAACUGCUUAUAGUCCUACCGAGGCAGCACUAGUUGAAGAAGCGGAGGAUUUCCAUAACACCCUUAGACAGGCUAUGAACGAUGUGCCAGCGCACCACCUGCUGCAGAUCACAGAGGGAGAUAUGAACGCCCGGCUUUGA